CCUCCCCCCCCCCCCCCCUUUCCCCUCCCCGCACACACGAAGCCUCCGGGAGGGAAGCGGCCAGGUGAAAUCUCCCUCUGUUUCCAUGGACAACCCGUCCAUUAUCACCCAGGUGACUAACCCCAAAGAGGAAGAGAUCCUGUCCUGCGCUCAGGAUAAAGUGUCCCAAUGUAAUAUCAGCUUGAAGAAGCAGAGGAGUCGAAGUAUUUUUAGCACCUUAUUCUGCUGCUUUCGUGACUACAAUGUCGAACCACCAUCUACCAACAGCACCAGUGCUCUUCCUCCUUUGGUGGAGGAGAAUGGAGGACUUCAGAAGGGUGACCAGAUGCAGGUCAUGCCUAUACCAAGUCCACCAGCUAAAUACCUCCUGCCAGAACUGACAGCAUCAGACUAUGGGAAGAAGUGUGUGGUCAUUGAUUUAGAUGAAACUUUAGUGCACAGUUCAUUUAAGCCAAUUAGCAAUGCUGAUUUCAUCGUUCCCGUUGAAAUCGAUGGAACCAUACAUCAGGUGUAUGUAUUGAAGCGACCACAUGUGGAUGAAUUUCUUCAAAGGAUGGGAGAGCUCUUUGAAUGUGUCCUCUUCACAGCAAGUCUAGCCAAGUAUGCAGACCCAGUAGCCGACUUACUGGAUCGCUGGGGUGUGUUCAGGGCAAGGCUAUUCAGAGAAUCCUGCGUUUUCCACCGGGGAAAUUACGUGAAGGAUCUGAGUCGGCUGGGACGUGAGCUGAGUAAAGUUAUCAUAGUGGAUAAUUCUCCUGCAUCUUACAUCUUCCAUCCUGAAAAUGCAGUGCCUGUGCAGUCCUGGUUUGAUGACAUGACAGACACAGAGCUGCUAGAUCUUAUUCCUUUCUUUGAAGGACUAAGCAAAGAGGAAGAAGUUUACAGUAUGCUUCAUAAACUCUGCAACAGGUAGCCCUUAACUUUGACUGACUCCUGCUACUAGAUUGCAGUUGCUAGAGGAUGUCUCCAUCUUUUUCAGCUCUUUCAAAUGUAAGCUUUGGGGAGGUCACUCCUGUCAGAAGUGCUACUCUCGAUCUUCCUGUUACAUUGGACACAAAGGACAAUCAUGAGUGAUGCUAUUAAGCCUUCAGAAGCCUGACUCCUAAGGUCACGUGUUCAGACUACUUUUUUUUAAAGGAAAAAAAAAAAAAAAAAGAAGCUAUUUUAAAUGGGACUCUUUUAAUGAAUUUCAUAAAUGGACAUCUUUUACUGGAUCAGCUUUUCUUAAAACAUGCCAAAAAAGAAGCUUGUAUUUCAGCAGUUGAAUUUCUCUCCCUUUCUUCCCCUCCCACUAUGCAGACAAUUUUACCCCCCCUGCUUAGAGCAGUUGACCUGACUCUGAAUUUUUUCUUACAGAAUGAAGUGCCUUUUUGAAUGUUAUUUUAAGAUAAAAAUUCAUUUUUGUAUAAGACUUAUUUCCAGACAUCUUUUAGUCUUGUAUUGUCUAAAUGCUUUAAAAGGAAAAAGGAAAAAAUUUUAUAGAGCACUGUAAUAUAUAACAAAGGAAAAAAAAGUCAAAAACAAAGAUGCUGGGUUCCUGUCUCCACGCUGACAUUAAGUUGUACUACAAUUUGUCAUGCUCAGAAGGUUUAAGUGUUUGUGGGAGGGGGUGAUUUGGGUCACUGAUGUGGUUUUGGAUACAGCUUUGAACAUAUCUGCAGUUGUUCUGAGUAUUAGGGAGUGGCGGAAUUGAGAACAUAGGGUGACAAAUAGAUCUAAAGCACCUUUAAUUCUAGACAGAUGAAGUUCUGUUGUCUCUGCUUACGCACAACUGUCAUGCCUCUCAUCUUUUGGAAAAUCAUUACCUGGGGAGAAUGGGGAGGAGAUCUAUUUAUUGGUUUAAAAUUCUUUCCUUAAAAAGAGACCCGUCUGGGUAAGCUGGAUCUGUAUGGAGCUGUUUGGAGUACUUUUUUCUUUUAAUUGCUGCUACUGUAUACUCACCAAAUGGAGUUGACCAUCGGCUGUUAAACUGUUUUUGCCACUGUGCCUGUGCUAUGAAACAUUUUCUGUAAGCUGCAAACUUGGGCAAUAAAUAAAACGCAGGCUUCAUAACCCUUAUGUAUUAAUCCUAUGGUAUUCGAGAUACCAGCAAACACAGUAAAAGGUGACCUGCAAAGGAAAUCUUGUUAAUCAUCCUAUUAUUUGCUUCAGUAUAGAUGAAAUCCUUUCCCUUUUUUUGGUAUAUGAAAAAGCAAAAAGUAUUCUUCCCUUAUCUGAUCUGUAUUUCUUCUUUUCCAAAGUGUAAUGUACAGGCAGGGAGCUGUGUCAGCUCUUCCCAGAAGGGCAGAAUUACCAGCCUAGAUGGUCUCCAGAGCGGUCCUCUACUUUGGAGCUGACUAAAUCUCACUCUGAAGCUGGAAUCCUGCUUAGCAGCUGUUUUCAAGUGUCAUUGGUACACUGGAAUAACUUCAAAACUAUUUAAAACCCUUUGAAGGAAAAUGCACUUAUUUGUUUUCCUUUCCAGCGUCACCUUUUAAUUAUUUUCCGCACCAGAAACCUACAAACGUAAAAUUUGCAGCUAUAUUUGGUUGCCAUCAAAGAAAACCAAAUGAGAGGAGUUGGUGCUUCUAAUUAGCAUGGCGCUAAAUCCCGAGCAGCGGAUCCCCCUUUGCCUUUCCCUUUCUUCCUGAAAAGUCUUGACAGACUUGGGCGGGGGGGGGAGGGGAAAGAAAAAUAAGACAGAAAAAGCGAUGGACUCAUCAUCCUUAUCCAACCCAUUGGUGAAGCAGCUUAAGGAAUCCAUUCAUAGAAGGGCAGGCCAGCCUACGCAGGCAGUGAGUAGGUUGGUGUGGGUGCAGUGCGAGCUGGGGGAUGACCUGGCCCUCGCAGGGAGGGUGAUGGAGGCAGCCCAGGGACACUUGUGAGUCUGUGCGGCGUCACCGUUUUGUUCCCUUGCCAGUUGGCAUUACCUUAGUGCUGUACGACUCUGUGCCACAACGAAAGACAAAGCUGACACUUAAACGUUCGAAAAACAGCAACAGCAACAAAAGCAUACGUUGCUUGGGAAAAGUAAAAAGCAACAUGUGGAUUCUGGUUAGUCCAUGAACGUUGACUUUCAGUUUGAGAUUGUUUAAUUUCGUAUUUGAAUUCAGAGUAAUGGGACUGUAAGCUGCCAAAAAGUUGUUCUCUGAGCAGUAUUUUCAACUGUGUUUGUAGCUCCUGUGCUGCAGAUGCAGUUUGCAGGGAAGGUAUUCAGGUCGUAGUUAGUUGUGCAGGUAUGAUAGGAAUGGCUGAAAAUAUUCAAAGACUUUCUCGCUAGCAUUAGACCAAACAAUCUUCCAGUUAGAUGAUGAGUAACCCCCUGAGACGUCCCCGUUCACGGUUGUAACCCGUUACAUGUGAGAUGAACAUGUCCUUAGUGUGCAUCUACGAAAGCAGCAAUUUCAUGAACCAGUUGCCUUAAGUCUGUGAAUGAAUGUUGAUUAUUCAAGUGUCUUGUAUUGUUUUCAAAUCCACAUAUAAUGGACAACUGAACUUCUGUUCCAGGUUCUGGAUGAGCAGUUCUGAUGACGCUCUGUACAGCUCCACUUGUUCUGUAUUGUUUAGUUCAGCUCUUGAAAUGCACAAGUUUUCAGGCAAAAAAACCACCUUAUUUUAGCAGAGUAAAGCAUUAAAAUGAUACUUGGUGACAAAACGAAGGGGGUGAAACCUAGCAACAGUUUUGAUCUCUGCUAGCAUUUUAGGAUUCUCUUCUGUAAUGUCAGUUGUAGGUUUGUCAGUCUUGUGGUAGUUUGGGGGCUUUUUCAUUUGAUGUUUCUUCUUAAUUCAUUCCCAUUGAAAUAAAACUUGGGGUGUUCAGAGCUUUCCUGGCUACUCAGAUUUGGGCAAAGGGAUCAAAUCAUCACAUUUGUUUAUUUUGAUGCUGUUGUCAUACGUAAAACUCCACGUUUUAAGUUAGCACGAAUAUCCAUGCACUGUAUAUCGAAAGCAUCUAGAAUCUAACAGAGCAAUAGAGUUCUCUCAGCAAAGCCAGAGAAAUGAGUGGAAUGUCUGCAAGAUUUGCAAUACGGGUAUUUGAUUGUAUGAUAAAUACAAGAUCUCAAGAAAUUAAAACAGGAGAGAAGAAGGGUUUCCUAAAGCUCUCCAAUAUUUCCAAGUGCAGUUAAGGCAGGCAGGGCUGGCGCUCAGCCUGCUUCUCAGCUGCAUUCCUGGGUAUCAGAGAAGCAUUAAGGAGUCUUUUCCAGUCCGUGGUUCAGUCCAGCGAAAGCAAUGCUGCCUGACCUGAAAUUCCGUUGUCCGUUUUAUGUUGGGUUCACAAAGGUUUUUUGCCUGUAUAGGUAUUUUUAAAUGAAGCUGUAAGGCAGAAUGCCAUCGAUCCUUGAAACUCAACCGAAGCGUUCCGAUUAAAUUGCUUUUGUAAACGUAGGGCUGUGCGUGGAAUGUUUGUUGGCCGCCGAUUGAGGACGGCAGCAACGUGCUGCGCUCACCGAGGCGGCUUCGGAGGAGUCAUCCGUUGUUUGGCCCUUCAGCCUUUCUUAAGCAGCAAAGUCAUACAUGGAAGAAGCUCAGCACCUGGAGAGAUGGGGUUAUCGAUGGAAACGGUCGCUUUCAUCACACCGUGAUUCUGAUGGGACUGGCUGGGGACAACUAUGGAAACGACAGCGGUGUGUGCUGAUGUUGCAGCUUUGGAAAUGUCAGUGUAAAAAAAACAAACAAACAAACCCCACAAACCUGUAGCUAUAUAAUUUCCAAACACGUAAUCCUCUGUUUUACAGAUUCUUUUUAACUAAUAAAACACAGUACCGCACAGCCCUGUUUGUAAAACAAAACCCAGUUUGUGCCUCUGAUUUCCAAGGUGCUGUGAUGUGUGCCUUUGUGGGGCAGGAGGGCAGGUGAGACGCGCGGGCCGUCGCCGCACACUCGGGGUAACUAUGCAACACCAGCUGUCAGGUCGCUGUUUCACGUUCUGUUGUAACAAUCCAGCUGACAUCUUUUUUCUUCUUUCUAUCGGGCACUUCUUAACAGAGGAGUUGAGCAAUGGAAAUGUUUCUUGGUGAUUUUUUUUUUUUUUUCCUAAUGAUGGAGCUGUUUACACUUUAAUGCAAUGAACAAUCCAGUGAUACUUGAGAAACACUACAGAUACCAGGAGUGUUUUCAGGAGAGAGAAGUGUUGUCAAUCAGGUUUUGAAUGGUUUCUUUACUGUCACAAAUAAAAAAGAUUUUGCCAAUGUA